CCAAGAUCGGCUCCUCGACGUCUCACAUGGCACCAGACUCUGGUCUGCAUCCUUUCCGUGUUCUGGAGCCGAAAUGGCGGCUCUGUGCAGAUUAAAUUGGCCUUUGUGCCCGACUACCUGGGACUCAGGCUAUUACCUAUUCUAGCUCGGGGGCCCAUCUUCACUCCCCUGGAGAUGCCACUUCAUCCGGCCAACCAUUGCCGCGUUUGGGUGCCGCAUCAACCGGGUCUUCACAGCAGUCCGGGUUUGUGUGGUUGACGAUGCUGAUCUUUAAAUAUUAGAGCAUCGGGUCGCCAUGAACUGAGUUGGAAGAUUCGCAACCACGGUCACAAAUACACUUUCAUCAUCUGUUCUUCCCAUCCGCCUUGGACAUCGCCCAUCAUGCGUCUUCUUCAGUCCCUGACGAACCUUGCCGCCUUUGCGGGCCUGGCCCAGAGCGCGUCUCUGCAGCAGGUCAGCAACUUUGGCUCGAAUCCGACCGGCCUACAGAUGUACGCCUAUGUGCCGGACAACCUUGCCGCGUCGCCAGCGAUUAUCGUUGCCCUGCACCCUUGCGGUGGCUCCGCCCAGGGCUGGUACUCCGGAACCAGGCUCCCUUCGCACGCCGACCAGCUCGGAUUCAUCCUCAUCUACGCUGGCACGACCAAGAUGAGCAACUGCUGGGACGUCCAAAACCCCGCCAGUCUGACGCACGACGGCGGCGGCGACGCGGCCGGCAUCAUCAGCAUGGUCAAGUACACGCUCGACAAGUACCAGGGCGACGCGGCCAAGGUGUACGUCAUGGGGGGCUCGUCGGGGGCCAUGAUGACCAACGUGAUGGCGGGGUCGUACCCGGACGUGUUCGAGGCCGGCGCGGCCUUCUCCGGGGUGGCGCACGCGUGCUUCCUCGGGGCCCCCUCGGCGACGCCCUUCUCGCCCAACCAGACGUGCGCGCAGGGCCAGAUCCAGCGCUCGCCCGAGGAGUGGGGCAACCUGGUGCGCAACUCGUACCCGGGCUACACGGGCCGCCGCACCCGCAUGCAGAUCUUCCACGGCAACGCCGACGGCCUCGUCCGCCCCGAGUGCGGCCACCAGGCCCUCACCCAGUGGGCUAAUGUUAUGGGCCUCGAGCUGACCGCCACCAACGCCGGCGUGCCUUCAGCCCAGUACACCCAGGAGGUCUACGGCGACGGCACCCAGCUGCAGGGCUUCUUCGGCCAGGGCGUCGGCCACAUCGCUCCCGUCAACGAGCCCGUCAUGCUCAAGUUCUUUGGCUUGAUGACCUAA